AUGCUUGAGAAAGUAUUCCGCGAAAAAAGCUUCGCCGAUCAGUACACGUAUGGCGCAAAAAUCAGUGAGCUCUAUGCGGAGACACUGGUGGACAGGUCUGGCAUCGCCAAAUCCCAUCAGAGGCCUUUGAUUAUCUUCGACAAUGCCUGUGGGACGGGUUCCAUUUCGAGUACCCUUCAGCGUACUCUUGAUAAGAGGAAUAAAAGGAGCUUGAAGUUGACCUGUGGUGACCUGUCCGAAGGCAUGGUCGAAUAUACCAAGCAGCGGAUGCAGGCCGAAGGAUGGGAUAAUGCUGAAGCAAAGAUUGUGAACGCGCAGGAUACUGGUCUGCCAAGUGACCACUACACUCAUGUGUACACGGCAUUCGCUUUCAAUAUGUUCCCUGACUACAAAGCCGCACUGCAAGAAUGCUUCCGAGUCCUUCAACCAGGUGGUACAUUAGCGACCUCGACAUGGCAGAACGCCAACUGGUGCACUAUCAUGAAGCCUGUCAUUGCAACUAUGCCAGGAAAUCUUCCAUAUCCAACAAUGGAAGAAAUCAACAAGAUGCUUAAUAAAGGUUGGGACUCCGAGUCCAACGUACGUGCCGAGUUUGAGGAUGCAGGGUUCACGGAUGUCAACGUCACCACUGUAGCAAAACAAUGCCUACUCCCUGUACAAGAGUUUGCUGAGGCUUGCAAGAUUCUCUUGCCCUACGUCCUCAGCAAGUUCUGGACGCAGGAGCAGCGAGGCCGGUAUGAAGCUGAGGUGCCAGAACACCUCAUGGGGUAUCUGGAAAAGGCAUAUGGAAAGGAUGGACUGGCUCCGAUGAAAGGCGUGGCGAUCAUUGCAACGGGUCGUAAGCCUUGA